AUGGCCUUGUGGUCUUGUACAGUGUGCUGGAUUAUGUAUUUUUCUUGUCAGAGCUGGGAUUACAUAGAAUUAGAUACAUACACACUGAAUCGCAUUCAGAGCAUUUCCGCAAGGACGGCAUGUUGUAAUUCCAAGACAUGGUUCGCAAUUAUUGCAGGCGUCUACCGAUGCAAGAUGUAG